GGUUGAAGGAGUUCGAGGCUUCCGCUCUCCUCGCCCUUUCCCUCCAUUCGGCGGAACCUUCUUCCCGAGCAGGUCGCCGCGUUUGGGAUGACCCCUUCACCCGCCUGUUGGGCUGCGGGCUGGACGCAGGCACCGAAGCGCUGAAGUCUUCGCGAGAGGUCAAAGAGAACUUUCCCAGGGGGAAAAGCCCGUGGAGGCUGUAGCUGCGGCAGCAGCCCCAGAGCCCAGGUUGGAGAGGUGGCUUUGGAGAGGAGAGGCGGACCGAGGCGCGCCAGGAGCUCUGUUUGAUUCUUUCCGACACUAGACGUGUCUCCCGGGUAGGCAGCGUUUAACCGCCGCCGCGGCACCUGCCUCCUGCGGGAAUAGAUUCUUUGGAUCCCUCUGACUUGCAGGGCGCAAGGGAUCGCUGCCUGGCCGUCACAAAGCUGGAGCAGCGGCUCCAUCGGGCAGCCUUCCCGGCUCGUUGCCUCCGGCCGGACCCUCUCGAUCUCCGUCCCUUCCUAGUACCUUAGGAAAGCGCAGGUUUGCUCGCCGUCCGGUCCUUUCCUCGUCUUGGCGCCAUUCAAUGAGAUGGACGGCUCGCACUGCGCCCCGCCCUGUGAUUAGGAUCUCGUCCGAAGGAGAAUCAGGAUGCUGACCGGUGGCUUGCAGAAGCCGGUCUGGUUUAGCCUUUGAUCCCUAGCUAGUGCCCGAAGGGACGUGAUGAAGACCAAGGGGGACGCCAAAGACCCUUCUUCCACACCUUCCUCCUCCUCUACCCGGGACGGCUCCAUCCGAGCCUCCCAACCGUCUGAUCCCGAUCCUUUCCACCGAAGGGAGACCGUCGAAGCUAUAGAUCUGUCCUUGGACGGGCUGUUGUAUCCCAAAAGCAGCGGCGACGAGGAAGAGGAGGAGGAAGACGACGACGACGAAGAAGAAGAAAAAGAGGAGCAUAAGUCGUGCCUCCUGGAGGAGGAGGAAAGGAAAAGUGACUCCUCCUUGAUCCGGGAAGGCUGUGGAUCCCAAGCGGACAAGGAUGCCUUGGACAGGGUCCUCGAUACCUUUCUGGCCCCUUCCUCGACCCAUGACAACUCGGACAGCCCGUCUGCAACGUGGUCUUUCUUCGGCUCGGAGCUCCCGGAAUUCUCCAGCGCGCCGAUGAGCCGCCGCCCCGACGGCAGAGCCAGAGACACCGCUGCAGACGCCGCUUCCUUGCCGCCCCCUUCUCCUGCCGCCCCCGCCUCUUCCCCGCCGUGGAAGGCAGCUCAGGACGCGGAUGGAAGUGUCUUCAAGAGCCCGAAGGGCAAGGCGCCAGCGUCUGCGGCGGCCCCACCGCCCAGGGACGAGCACGCCUUUGCGCCGCGGGGCUCGACGGGGCAAGACGCGGACGCGGCAGGCAGCAGCAGUAGCGGCGCCACGGGCACAAGCGGCAGCAGCAGCAGCAGCAGGCUCCCGCCGGCGCCCACCCUGGCAGCGGCACCCACGACGGGCCGCCCUUCGUUGGCGACCCCCUCCGGCUGCCAGGACUUCCUCAGCGUGCCCAUCCUGCCUCUCAACCCGACGUACUUAGCCGCCAGGACUCGGCAGCUGCUCGACGACGUGGACGAGUACGAGAACUACAGCAGCCCCGGCGGCGGCGGCGGCGGCCACCAGCGCGUCUCUCCCCAGGCCUGCACCCUGCAGGAGUUCGCGAGCUACAUGUAUUCCCCCAAGGAGGGGCAGCUGCAGCCCUACCUGUUUGGCGCCGCCGGCGGGGACUUCCAGCCUGCCCUCAAGAUCAAAGAAGAAAGCCUGGCCGCCUCGUCGAAAAUCAGCGACAGCGGCGUGUAUUUGGGCGCCAGAUCGUCCCCGGCGGCCAUCGCCGUUCCCUGCACGGGCUACGCUCCUCUAAGCGUCGCUCCGCCUCAGAUCAAGAACAGCGGCGGGAGCAGCCACGAGCCCUCCUCGCUGGAGUGCAUCCUCUACAAGGCGGAGGUGGCUGCCGCCAGUGCGAGCGCUGCCGCUGCCUCAUACGGCCCAGCGCCUUGCAAAGCCUCCACGAGCUGCAUUCUUCAGAGGGAUAGCCUCAGCCUGCCCUCGACCUCCAACGCGGCGCCUCCAGCCCUGUACCAGCCGCUCGCCCUUCACGGCUCGUCACAGCUCUACCCGCCUUAUCUGAGCUAUCUAAGGUCUGAGACAGAAGCUGGACAGAGCCCUCAGUACAGUUUUGAGUCAUUGCCUCAAAAGAUUUGCCUCAUUUGUGGUGAUGAGGCUUCGGGUUGUCACUACGGAGUCCUUACCUGUGGAAGCUGCAAAGUCUUCUUUAAGAGAGCAAUGGAAGGACAGCAUAACUAUUUAUGUGCUGGGCGGAAUGACUGCAUAGUUGAUAAAAUUCGUCGGAAGAACUGUCCUGCAUGUCGCUUAAGGAAGUGCUGUCAAGCUGGCAUGGUGCUUGGGGGUCGAAAGUUUAAGAAGUUUAAUAAGGUCAAAGUUCUAAGAGCCUUAGAUGUUGUCGCACUCCAGCAGCCCGCAGCCCUUCCCAACGAAAGCCAAGCCCUGGCUCAGAGGCUCUCCUUUUCUCCGACUCAAGACAUCCAGUUUAUUCCUCCACUGAUCAGCGUCUUGCAAGGCAUCGAGCCAGAAGUGGUCUAUGCAGGCUAUGACAACACACAGCCAGAAACUCCAAGUGCUUUACUAACCAGCCUUAAUCAACUAUGUGAGAGGCAGCUCCUUUGCGUAGUCAAAUGGUCCAAGUCAUUGCCAGGAUUCCGGAACUUACACAUUGAUGAUCAGAUAACCCUGAUCCAGUAUUCAUGGAUGAGCCUAAUGGUGUUUGCCAUGGGGUGGAGGUCUUACAAGCAUGUCAGUGGUCAGAUGCUCUAUUUUGCACCUGAUCUAAUACUAAAUGAACAGAGGAUGAAAGAAUCAUCGUUCUAUUCACUGUGCCUGUCUAUGUGGCAAAUUCCACAGGAGUUUGUCAAGCUACAAGUCAGCAGUGAAGAGUUCCUUUGCAUGAAAGCCUUGCUGCUGCUCAAUACAAUUCCUUUGGAAGGUCUCAGAAGUCAAAACCAGUUUGAUGAAAUGAGAGCAAGUUAUAUCAGAGAGCUGGUCAAGGCUAUUGGGAUGCGACAGAAAGGCGUUGUCGCCAGUUCACAGCGUUUCUACCAGCUUACAAAACUUUUGGACUCCAUGCAUGAUCUUGUGAAACAACUCCAUCUAUACUGUCUGAACACCUUUCUCCAGUCCCGAGCGCUGAGUGUCGAAUUUCCCGAAAUGAUGUCUGAAGUGAUCGCUGCACAACUACCCAAGAUUCUGGCAGGGAUGGUGAAACCUCUUCUCUUUCACAAAAAGUGAAAUGCCUUUUUUUUUUUUUUGGUAUCAUAUGUAGAGAUAACACACAUUACAGUGUGUGUGUGUGUUUGUGUGUGUGUGUGUUUUUUAAAAAGUGGGUUUAUUUUAUUUUAUUUUUGGUUGGGAUUUUGCGGUGCCAAGAUAUUACGACCUCGGUGCCACGUUAUGUCCCUACCAAUUUAUGUCUGCAAGCCUGCAAUGCUGUGCAAUGUCCAUAUGGUGAACCUUUUGAUUCCUUUACAUAAGUUUGAAAAGAAAAUCAUGACCAAUAUUUGUCAUAAGAAAUGUUUUAUAAUAGGCCUGAUUGAAUUUCUCCUGAGGAAUACACAACAGAUCAGUUUUGUUUUGUUUUUUAAGAACAGGAAGUUACCUUGUACAUUUUUCCUUCGUAUUAUUCAUUUUUAAACUUCUGCAAUGAGAUGGAGUAAAGCUUUAGCUUUUAAAACUGUGUGUGUGCGCGUGGCUAUAUGUGUAUAUGUAUAUACAUAUCAAAGGCUAUGGUGAAAUUAAAAUGCAAAUUGUCUUCUCA